UAUAAGCCACCUUUUAUAGCCUUUAUCUUUGUAGUAACUGGUUAUAUUAUUAACAGUUGGAUCUUUCAAAUGGAUGUACACGUCCUAAUUGUUGGUAUUUUCGUGUCUUUUUUCCAUACAGGACAAACAUUAACGUGUCUGCAAUGUAGUGGGAUUUUUCAGCCUAGACACUGCCGGUCAGUGGUAGAUUGUUUCGACGGUGAAGUAUGCGGAGUUGAAAAGAUGCUAAAUGCUUACGGCGAGUAUGUUUACAAACUUGGGUGCAUGUCUUUGGCAGAAUGUGCCAAGAAUUCAAAUAGUAGCUUGUCAUGCACACAAUGUUGCAGCUCUGACAUUUGCAAUUCGGAAGGAUGUGGAGAAGCAGGUUACCCUGUUUCCAGAGGGCCAAUAUGCUACAAUUGUCCAGUAUACAGAGAUAUAUCCACAUGCCAUGAUAUUGACUUCUGCAAAAUCGGAGAGGUAUGCAUGUUCCAGGAAACGAGGGAAUUUGGAGAUAGAGUUCUGAAUGCUAAGUGUGCCAAUCCACAUAUUUGCUCGAGAACAGCCGGAGCAAGUAUAAUUGGAAGGAGAGCAGAAAGCAAACAAAUUGACGCUCGUACAUCGGAACAGCAUGUUUGUAACGCAUGCUGCAAGCGUGAUCUUUGCAACAAAAACUGCCAGUUCGCACACAAUGGAAGUGAUAAUUCAGGUGAGACGACACAUGUAGCAUCUGUUCUAAGUACAGACACAACCACUGCAACAUUAAGGACAUCACUACAAUCAAAUGCAACGAUAAAUAAUGUAUCAGAUUCGACGACACCUUCUAGUCUACAAACUACGUACCCUAUUAUACAGACAACCGUAAUAAAUGGAAACAGAAUUCUCGCUAUUUUUGGAUCUGACAUGGUUCAAUACAUUCGUUUCAAUAAAACGCGGGUCGUUCGUGGCCAGGAUUGGAAAUGGGGAGAUCAGGACUCACAUGGACCAGGAACCCUUAUUGGCCCGGAUUCAUCUAUGUGGUUCAAGGUAAAGUGGGAUAAUGGGAUAACGUUAAGUUAUAGAAUUGGAGCGGAAGGAAAAUACGACCUUUAUAUCGUUUCGUUUUGAAGAAUGUAUGUUUGUAACAAAAAUUUGCUGAAAUGAAUAAUGUGAAAUAUAAGUUCUUGUUUUUCGUUGUUGUUUUUUCAACUUUAUUUGAAUAUUUCUAAGGACACGGUAGGACACUUGCGAGAACAAAACUUUAUCUUAAAGUUUGUUUCGUCUGAGAAUAAUUAUUAACCCAGUAUAUGUUUGUAAGUUUCUUAAACCGCAUAGAUGUUUUCAUUAUUUUAACGUAGCUAUAUAUUUGUAUUCUCCAACAUGAUUAAUUAUGUCGAUUGUUUUGUAAAAGAUUGAAAAGUUUAUGGAAAAAAAAGAUGUUUAUAGUUCUAAGUGUUAUACGCUUCAACAAACUACUAAUAAGCUUUAUGUAAGUGUGAAAUACUCAAUCUAUAUGAUAUCACAGAUAAUAAAAAUGCUUGAAAACAAACAAUUGUACAUCAGACACAUGCUCAUGCAAAAUCACUUAGAACUUUAUCAACAUUUCUUUUUCAAGUUUAUAUAGUUUAUAUGAUAUAUGAAUAUACAUUUGAUACAUUUCUGUUGUUGUCA